UGCUGCUCGGCGAGGAGCCCGCGCCCGCGCCCGGGGCCAGGCUCUCCUGUGCGGCCGGCACCCCGCGUCGAGUCCGCGCCCCCGAGGCUGAAAAGGAAGGAGCCCUCGGAAGGCGCGCUCUCCCCGGGGCCAUGGACUCGGACGCCAGCCUGGUGUCCAGUCGGCCAUCGUCGCCGGAACCCGAUGAUCUUUUCCUGCCCGCCCGGAGCAAGGGCGGCAGCGGCGGCGGCUUCACGGGGGGCACCGUGUCCUCGUCCACGCCGAGCGACUGCCCGCCGGAGCUGAGCGCCGAGCUGCGAGGGGCCGUGGGCGCGGCGGGCGCGCACCCCGGGGACAAACUGGGCGGCGGGGGCUUCAAGUCCUCGUCCUCCAGCACCUCGUCGUCCACGGCCUCGGCCGCCGCGUCCUCCACCAAGAAGGACAAGAAGCAGAUGACGGAGCCGGAGCUGCAGCAGCUGCGCCUCAAGAUCAACAGCCGCGAGCGCAAGCGCAUGCACGACCUCAACAUCGCCAUGGACGGCCUGCGGGAGGUCAUGCCCUACGCGCACGGCCCGUCGGUGCGCAAGCUCUCCAAGAUCGCCACGCUGCUGCUGGCGCGCAACUACAUCCUCAUGCUCACCAACUCGCUGGAGGAGAUGAAGCGGCUGGUGAGCGAGAUCUACGGCGGCCACCACGCCGGCUUCCACCCGUCGGCCUGCGGCGGCCUGGCGCACUCGGCGCCGCUCCCCGCCGCCGCGGCGCACCCCGCCGCCGCCGCCGCGCACUCCCCGGCGGCCGCCGCGGCCGCCCCGCUCGGGGGCGGCGGCGGGGGCGGCGGCGGCGGCGGCUUCCAGCACUGGGGCGGCAUGCCGUGCCCCUGCAGCAUGUGCCAGGUGCCGCCUCCGCACCACCACGUGUCGGCCAUGGGCGCCGGCAGCCUGCCGCGCCUCACCUCCGACGCCAAGUGA